AUGGCUGCUUGUCUACUGUCUUCGGUGUGGACCCUCUCUCUGAUAGUCUGCAGUCCUCCUUGGUUUGUUCCAGGUUGGGGCUUAUUCGUUGAUCACCAGAAGGACCUCUCUGGAAACUCGACCUCAACAAUCAGUCGUGACGACAGCUUCGUGUGCGGCUACUCUCCCUCAGUUCCAUAUCGAAUCUAUAGCGCUCUUGGAAGUUUUUAUAUUCCAUUACUGGUCAUGUUAUCCGUUUACUUUAAAAUCUUUCGAGUAGCAUCAGAAAGGGAAGCUCUCAUGCGGCAGUCUAUCGGAACAUGUAGGCUAAGUAAUCGGAUAGUCAAAACUCAACAUAAUCGAAAUAACCUAAGAACUGCUAGCGCUCCGCAUUCUCGGACAAAGGUACAGAUGAAUAACUCCGGCAGGAUCAAUUACUCAGUACGUCCUAUGGAAUAUGCCAGGCGGCAUGAGACGGCGAACCGGCAAGAGUCACGUUCAACAGAAUGUGAUGAAUCACCGCAGAAUAGCGUUGAGGCCUAUGAACACUAUCAAAUUAACGGACCUGGUAAGGUUGUUCGCGGCUCCAAGGAAAAAAUGGUGUAUUUAAGGGAACGAAAAGCUCUAAAAACCAUUGGCAUUGUUGUUAUGGGUUUCAUUAUAUGUUGGAUGCCAUUUUUCGUCAUGUAUCUCAUAGAAGUCUUUGCUACGUCACUGAGCGCCUCACGAGCUUUCAAAAUGAUUGGCGAAUUCUUCCUAUGGUUAGGCUACUCAAAUUCUGUGAGUUUAGGUUAA